AUAGCUUCCACUUCUACUAACUUUUGUCAGAAGAGCGGCGCCCUUGCGAAAUAGUCUAAAACUAGGGUUAUGUGCAAUAAUCAGUCUAGACUAACUUUCUCGCAUAUGUGGUCUCGCCAGGCGAACUUCUGUAGCCGAGCUGCUGGGAACUGGCAUUAAACAAAACUGACGUCUACGUUGUUCAUGGUGGCGGCGUUAUCCUGCACAACCUCUUUAAAAAGAUAAUAAAUAAACAAGGAUCCCAUUUUAAGUUACCACGAGUUCAUUAUCACCACACAAUGAUCAAGAAAGCUUUUAGACAACCCUUUAAACGCUGUUGGAUUUGAAAAGCAAAAACGAACUCAAUGAAAUUGGUCUGAAGAUGCAAGCGAAGUCAUCAAAUAAGUAAUUACAGGCCUGAUAUCUAACCAUGAUCGUUCGCGACAGUCCUGGAUCAUCUGGCCCGAAAGAAGUGGAUGACGGGUUCCGUGUGCGAUAUCUUGGAAGUGUUUUUUUCCCCACCAGAAGAAAGAAAGUGAACAUGCGAACUUUACAAAAGCCGUUACUGGACCUUUACACUAAGUCCAGAAGAAGAGGAGAAGACCAACGCAGUGUCCAUCCCCUGGCAUUGACUCAGCACCUUCUGCUAUCUGAUUAUGGACUAGUGGUGGCUGAAAAUGAAGAAGACCAAGAGACAGGAAACCGUGAGGCCGUAGUUACAAAAGUAAUUACUCCAAUAUCUGGGAUCAUUAUUUGGGCUUCAGUUCGUUUUCACACUAAAAUACUGAAAAGAAGAAUGUUUGGAGCGGCCUUCGUUCCCUUAGCUUGCUCAGAUGCGGUCAUGGACAAAAAAAGCUAUGUCCAACUAGCGAGGAAACACCGCUUUUUGGUGAGUUUAACCCAUCCAUCUCUUUUCGUAUGUUUUCUACGAGGUGUCGGUUCUUUAAAAUCUGUGGAGUGUCAUGCUUUUGUCUGUGCUAGUACUGAAGAUGCCAUGACUAUUUGCUCCUUACUAGACAAUAUUAAACAAACAAGUGAAAUAAUUGGUUCGAUGGAGCUUUUUGUCGAUGAUAGAAGCAGCAACCGAACAUCUGGAAGAGUUUUUUAUAGCCACAACACUCUCAUGCCUGACACGGAGACGCCAUCAAUUAUUAGUCAUUCAAAUUAUAACAAUGAGAGAAAGAUAAAUCACCAAUCUCAACAGCUCAGGGCCUCAAAGUGGAGGAACAUUUGGACAAAAAAAACAGAUCUUGAAAAUUAUUAUGAAAAUGAAAUGAGUCAUAUUUCUUCGUCUCCAGAUUCCAAUAAAAGAUACAUUCGAAAUAGUCAUGGAAUUACAGAAGAAAAGUCGGAAAAGGCUAUUCCUGUAUAUCCUUUGUAUAGGAAAAGACACGAGGAGGGCUACAAUAGAAGCAGAUCAUUUGAAAGACUAACAGACAAAUCCAAUGGACCAGAUGAUGGUAAUAUUAAAUUAGUGUCAUGUAACAAUCUGAUUGAUGGUCAUUUUUCACUAGAAAAUAGACAUGAAAAUGUUUCUGACCAAAUGAACAAGAAUUCAAGUCGCACAAGAAGCUGCAAAAAUGACAAUAUAAAAGAAUCUCUACAGAAACGUUCGCGUCAUAACACCAGACAAGAGUUGCAAAAUCGAAGUAAAUCUUUGGACAGAAUCUAUUACAAUGAUGUUCAUUUCACAUCCGAUAGUGAUAGAAAUAUGACUAGCAUUAACCGCUGUCGCUCAACUGAAAGAAUUGAAAAUGCACUCUCGUCAUCUAGAGAUUUACCUCGCGAAAAUCUUAUUGAAAAACAAAAUCAAUUGGACGGAGGGAUUUGUGAUACUAUUUACAAGAAUAAAUCCUUCACACUUUCCAAUACCGAACCAGAACGCUUAGAAAACCUUGGCAACAGAUUUUGUUGCAAUCAAAAUAAUGAUAACAAUUCUAUCAACCAAAGAAAAUCCACAAAUAAUGAACUCCGAAAAGACUUUUUGCCCCAAGAACAUGACCGAAGACACAUCUGGAACGUGAUACAGAAGCACAAUGAUGUUCAUAAUAUAAAACAUCCAACAGGUAGACCAGAAAGAAAUUAUGAUAUAUAUACUAAUACGAAUCUCAUUUCAGAACAAGCUGUUCAUAAUGUCCCAAUAACAAUUAUAAAUAAAGUCCAAUCGGCUUAUGAAAUAAAAGAUAAUAGCCAGCAAAGUUCAGAAAUAAACACAAGAACAUCAGAUGUGGAAGGUGAGAGUGAUUCUCAGUAUUUAUCUAAUAUUACACAAAAUAAUGCUUUAAAAGGUAGUUGUAAAAGUGACAUUGAUUUCAGAUUGGAGAAAUUUUUAGGCAAUGAAAAUAAUGACGUUUACAAUCAUUCCUUGAGUAAUAGAAAAAAGACUAAAGGAUGUCGAAAAGCUGAGGAAUUGACUCAUUCACCGAAUCAGUAUUUCGUAGAUCACUGCAUUUCCAAUUAUGAAAUUGAGGAACUUUCAAGAGAUUAUGCACCAUUAACAUCACUUACUGAGAUUUUAACAAAUAGUGAUCAGAAAGAAGAAAUGGAGCUUUCGGAGACGAUAGAUUUUAGCAGCGAGAGUGAAUAUUCUGAGUUUUUUAGAGGCAGAAGAGAAUAUGUGAAUGAAGUCUUCACAAGAGAUACUACACACAAAGAUUAUGAUGAUAAUAGGAGAAACCCUAGUAGAAAAUGCAGAAAAGAUGAAAAAUAUAUUAAUAAACUUCAGACUCAUGCUGAUGUUCAUGAAUCGGGAAAAUUUUUAUCUGUAAGACACAAUGAAAUGAGAAAAUGUCGUCUGGAUAAGAACAGCCACGGCAAUACAAAAAUUACAAUAAAAGUACCUUACCAGAAAAACCUUCAGACGGAACAAGCUGACCUUAUGCAAAACGAAACUUCAUACUUACCAUCUAGUGUUCGUACUUACAACACAGGUAACAAUACUAAAAAUUGGGCCACUCUAAGUCAAUUGUCGGAUUCUACGUGUCAAGGCUCAAUGACCUAUAAUGGAGUAGCGACGUUACCGAUGACUAAAAUGUCUAACCAUUAUCAAAAAGCAAAUCGAUUUUCAUCAGAUGACCAUCUCCAGAGAAGACCCAGUUUUCUUACUAGUCUAAAAAAAUUCAGUCUAAAAUCCUUUAAUCGUGCCAAGAAGAAACUAAUGAACUUUAGGUCAAAACUGAGGGAACAUCUCAGAGGUAGAAAGGGAUCGGAUUGUUCUGAGGACUCAGCUUAUGACACAUCAGAGGUGUGUUUCAGUCCUCAAGGAAACCAAAUCAUUAAAACUCGGAGAAAAAAGAAGAGGCAACUGUCCUGGAGUUUUCAUGACCUGAGGUCUAAUUUGCCGUCCAAAAACUUCUCAAGACAGCAGCAUAGAAGUAGGAGCGGAGGAUCAGCUCUGAGUGGCUCAUCUACUGGCGAACUGUCUCGAAAAGAGAAAAGAAAAGGAAUAAAGCACCGAAGGCGUCGGCGUGGCACUGGAAGUAGUGGUUCUUCUGACUCUGGCGUGGAAGAAUAUUUUUCAGAUUAUUCUGGAGUUAUCAACAAUAAAUAUAAGAGGCCGGAUUCAGAAUUGGAAAAUAUGGCUACACAGGUAACCCUAGUCAAUGUGAAACAUGGUAUGAGCCAGAGGAAGUUCUGGCAAUGGUCUCGAACAAAUCUUCAAGAUGAACUAGGGUAUAUACCAUAAAUGAACAGAAUAAAUGUUGGGUGACUGAAAGUGUCUGUAAAGUGAAACACUGGGAAAUGUACCAGUGUGUGAGUAUAAAAUAGUUAAAAUUUCUCGGAAAGAAGUGUUUGUUAUGUUAAACACAAAGCCUUCGAGAAAGAAAAUACAGCCAAGAAUAUUUAUUACUAAUAAAAACACGUCACAGGUUGUUGUUUUUUUCUUGGAGUUAGGACGUUAUUAAAAACUAUUUGUGAAUAUGAAGAUGUGUAAACUAGUAAUUUUCUAUGCGCAUGUGAGAAAAACUAGGAUUCGGUAGUCUUUUAAUCUGUUAUUCUAAAUUAUUGCUCUCAAAGUCAGAAGUGAUUCGUGAUGAUCCUUACGAAACUUUUCUGGGGCACACAUUAGUGUUAAUUAAGGCCUUUAAAUGCUAUGUAAUGCACUAUUUCUUAGUAUAUAAAAACCCUACUUAACGCCAUUCAACUUACAUGAUUUUGAUUUUACAUCUUAUGCACAGAGAUUAAAAAUCAUCCUAGUUAAUUAUAU